AUGAAAAGAUUAAGUAUUCAGAAGAGCAAUGAGGAGUUGAUUGAAAAACUUGCUGAUGCCUUGCCAUAUGAGAGUUGGGGGACAUACUUGUUGAUGCUUAGAAACAAAAAGGGUUUUAACAGUUUGACACUCAGCAAAUUCAUUGAAAAGAUAGAAGCUUAUGAAAUGGAGCAGCGUAAAGUGAUCAGAAUGAGAGACUUCGAUGGUGAACAAGAUGUCGGGUUAUAUUACAAAGCUGGAGUUAAUGAAAAAUCAUCGAAUUCAUCUCCAAAGAUUGUGACGGGGAUGAGUGCCAAGACUUAUACUGCUUUUGCUGCAAAGAUUGAAGAUGAUAGUGAUGAUGAUACAGAAUAUUGGGCAAGAAAAUACAGAGCUGAUAUGAAGUUGGUUGCUGAGAGUGACAGUGAAGAUGAUAGGGUCAAGAAGGAGAAGAAAAAGAAGAAGAUCAAAACACCGGUUAGUAGUGAUGAUGAAGAAGGGUCGUUGAUGAGUAGUGAUGAUGAAGAAGUGAAGUGUGAAAAUUGUGAGAUUGUGAAAAAGCAGAACAGCACGUUGAUUAACAACUUAAACAGACUGAAGGAGUCUUAUGAUGUGCUGAACAAGACAAUGAACCAGUACGAUCAAACGAGUGAAGAACAAGCAGUUGCGAUGAGGACUCUUCAGGGAGCAUUCAUGACAAAACAAAAAGUUGUAAACAACUAUAUUGAAAAGAUCUAUCCGACUGUUGAAAGCAUGAAGGUCUGGGAAGAAGACGAGUCAACUCAAGAAAAGGCAGCUGAAGUGAGUGUUGGAGAAAAGAAUGCUGACAAGAAGAAGAGUGACAGGAAGAAGGAUACUGAAAAGACUUCAUCUGGUAAGAAGAAAGACAAGAUGAUGAACCAGAAUAAGUUUCAAUCUACCGUUUUUGUAUCAGCGUAA